UUUGGCAACGCCACCUGACUCCGUCCCACGAUCCCCCCGGCGCGCCGCUGAUAUACCACCGGAGUUCAAAAACUGCCCAAAUAUCCACGAACAUCGCGCGGAUUGAAUUCAAUUUUCAGCAUUUCAUUCCACCAACGAAAUCUCCAAUCAAUUCGAUCAAACGGAUAGUAUUGUUAAUUCACCGCCCUUUUCCUAUCGCGGUAUAACAUCGUCCGGAUCGAUCCGACUCUGUUCAACCGUCUGUGUGCCUCUUUCCGUUCUCACAAUCGUAAAACGGUCGUGUGUAGCAGAAAUAGGUGGGUUUCUCGCCGAUCCGUUGUGUCGUGACGUUAUCGAACAAACGUGUGUUUUAUUUGUGCACGUAUAUAAAACAGACGUUUGUACGUGUGCGGUAACUGUAGCGAAACCCCCGCGUGUCCUUGUUUCGGUAUUUUAAAAAAACCGCUACAUCGCUAUCGCUGGAUGAGAAGGUGUUACUCUUGAGUGGAACAUCUCGUCGUUAUUUUUUUGCUUUUAGACGGGCGGGGAAAAUCGUUCGAAAAAAUAUCAGCUGCGACCUUUGCCCCGUGGUUGCCCGGGUAACUCGAUAGCUAUACCGAGCGUAAAAACAUGCGACGCGUGUAGUCGGCGACGUCGACGGAGGGUGGAGGAAAAAUAAGAUGAGGAAGGAGAACGAGAAUGAGAUGAAAAAAACAAGAGGGAGAAUAGAACAGUGACAGCUGUCAAGACUGUAAACAAACGCAAAUGGACCGCCUAAACGUCAGUGUGCAACGGUUAGGGAAGUACCAUUGUGUUAAACUGCGGGGACUCGCAUCGGACUCCGUCCAUCGACCUUGUAAUAGUCGCCAGUGAAUCGUUGGAUGAAAAGGAGGAGGUUUUCGCUUCGAAGAAGUUCAGUUUUUGACUUCAUGCUUCACGCUAUUGCACCGUUUUAACCCCCGAAGGAACGCGAUAUACCGUGGCGGAGCGAUUCGUCCGCGUAGUUUAUUUCUGACUAAUUAUGAAUCUCGUCUUUGAGGAUGCUGUAGACGCCGAGUCACCGACGAGAUAAAUUACACCGUUGAUGAAUUUCGUCUUUUUUUUUUUUUCAUUUUAUACGGCUACUGGAUGAGAAUAUUCCGAGUAUAACGGCGAGGAUUCUCGCGAUGAGAAUGAUCCAAGAUCUCCAGGUUCGCAGGGACUGACUGACCAACUAUUUGUAAAUGAUACAUUAUUCGCCGUGAGUUUCAUGUUUCAUUUGAGAAUGCACGAGUAUUAGUCACACUCUGAUUGGGAUGCAUUUGUUGCAUCACUAUUUUGUGUAACUUGGAUUUCUAGACUCUGGAACCGAAAUAAUUUAACGAAAAACUUUCUACUGCUCACUUCCUGCUGGUUGACAGGGAAAAAAAAAAGAAAGAAAUAAUAUUAUACAUCCUCAAAUCUUACCCCGUACGGCGAUAAAUCUGCUGUUCGAGAUCGUCGAUUUUGGAUCGUCCGAAAUUUCGGCCGUCUCCUCGGGAGAUUGUAUAAUUUAUUGAAUCGACUUCGGCGAGACGAUCGAGCGAAACGAAGCUGUAAAAAUGGCGUUCAGAUCCCAACCGGUCCAGGAGGAGGUGGAGUUGGAGGUUCUCGCGGAGACGGAAUUGUCCAGGCUGAAACGACAGUAUCGAAUAAUGGAAAAUGAUAGAGCAACUUACGCGGAGGAUGCGAGGAUGCAGCUCAGAAACCAACAGAACAUGAUAAAUCACCUCGAGUUUGAGAAGGCUGAACUUAUGCUGGGUAUUAAAACCGCGAAGUCUGGCGCUAAUUAUAAAAAGGAUGAGGCAAUGGGGGAGAAACUCAAGUGUCUACUCGCCACCCGUACCAAGUACAAAGAGACCAUUGACAACGAGAGACAACAAAUAAACGAACUCGAAGAACAGAUACUCAAGGUAUCCAGAGAGGUGACGCGAAUGAAAAUGGUCGUUCAGACGGAUAACCAGUCGAAAGAGUUGGCGAUGAAGCACAGCCGGAUGGUGAACAUUUUGGAGAACCGUCUGGAGGUGGCUACGAAACGGUUCAACAUGAUCGUUACGGACAACAAAAAAUUCCGAGAAGAGAUCACAUCUCUUCUCACGGAGAGACAACAUUUCAACGUUUUAUGGUCGAAACUUAUCGGUCAGUUAAAUACCGGGAAACAAGUGAUCAACGAUUUGAUAGAACAGGCGACUGUUACCUUCAAUAUGAGAGAUGAAGAAUUAAACAAACUGCACGCUCUGCGAGAGAGAGGUGCCAGGGAUCUGAAGUCGCACACCUCGGAGAUGUGCGAGCUCCAGCGAACCCUGGACAACGAAUGGAAGUUGCAGGAAUUUCUGGGCGUAAAAGGACAGUAUCGAGAUGCCGGUGAUCUGAACACAAAAAAAGACGCCAAGAGGCAGAACCGACACGAUGAAAUGCAGAAGAAAGUAGCCGACUACACUCACAUUCUUGAACUCAUCAAGCAGUUCACCGGUGAGGAUGAGAUCGACAGGCUGAUGACGCACUUCGUUAAACAGGAGGAGGAAAACUUUGCCCUUUUCAGCUACGUGAAUGAGCUGAACGACGAAUUGGAGGGUCUUCAGGCCAGGGUGGGUCAGCUGCGAGUUGCGAUCGACGAAGCUCGAGCUUUGAACACCCACAGAAACGAACAGCAGGCGCAAACCCUCGAGAAGAUAGCCAAACAGCUGGAGGAACAGACCGACGCUGCCGCAAACGCUGAGGAAAAUCUAGCCGAGUGCAACGACGUCAUCGACAAGCUUCUCAGGGGGGUGGAGUCGCUUUUCCGCGCCGUGCGCUGCGAUAAUUCGCCGAUUUUGGAACUCCUUGGCGACAACUCUCACGUGACGACCAACAACGUGAUGCUUUAUUUGGGGAUCAUCGAAAAGCGGAUAACCGAUAUAUUCAACCAAGUUCACUGGGUCGACAAAGCGAGGAAAGCUCCAAGUCGGCUCGACGAAUCCAAAAAACCCCGACUCAAAAUCCCUGUCCUUUCCAACGUCGCACCGACGCAACCUUGCGCUUUGUAAGUAGCGACUCGCGUUAUUUUACCUUCUCCGUCCACGUAUCGGUCACACUGUCACCAGUCCUUGAUCCAAUUUCAAAAACUCAUUUGAACUUAAUACGACGGUGCCCGUAACUCGAGAUGAGGGAAAAAAAGUCUCAAGGGCCGAAGAAAGUGCUGGCGAUGACGACUCUUUUUGUUAGAUCUGCAGAAACUAGCAGAAUAGGUGUAUUUUUUAUUAUCGUAAUCCAACGAUCGGAAACAGCGUUGUGAUAAUUUUAUAAAAUUCUGUCGACCAAAUAUGGCGACUCUGAAAAUGUUUAAAUCCGAA